AUGGAUAAAGCCCGAGCCAUCUACUUUGGUGUGGAUUUCGAACAGGCUGUUCUUGCCUUUAUCAAAACCUGGAACGUUGUCAAACUGAGGAGCUUUAGCUCGAUGGCGGCAAAUGUUAUGGAAAGUUCUAAUUUGAUCAUCUUUGCCGCGGAUGAUGAAAAAUCGGAAACCUGCAAGCUCAUGCGUAACGUAAUCCCCAGGUUUGGCAAAACGCCCUCGGUGGCUCACACAAAUCCAUGUCUGGCCCUUGUUAACUAG